UUGAAAGCUAGUGUGAAACAGCGCAUUUUUUAACCAAAAAGUGGUAGUUUAGUAUUCCGUGUAAUUUCUUUUAAUAAAAUAAAAAAAUAUAAAUUUGAUUGAUAGUUGACCCAUUGCUAGCACAUUAUACAGCAUGUCAAUAAUUAACAACGAUGAUAACAUAAUGGCGAUUGACGAAGAUCCGCAGGUUAUUAUUAACGACGAUGAACCCUCGACAACGCAAAACAUUGCGAAUGGCCGCUCUAUGGACUCGCUGCGGUCGUCAUUUACCAAUCAUAGCUCGACUCCAGAUUCAUCUCAUAAUUCGCUGGACACCCUUGACGUGGGACCGGAUGACAUACAGGAGAAAUCUCGUUUGAUUACGCAGGUGCUGGAAUUACAAAAUACGCUGGACGAUUUGUCGCAACGCGUGGACUCUGUCAAGGAAGAGAAUCUAAAAUUACGUUCGGAAAAUCAAGUCCUUGGUCAAUAUAUUGAGAAUCUGAUGUCCGCCUCCUCGGUCUUUCAGUCGACCAGCCCGAGUGCAUCAAAAAAGAAGUAGGAGAAGGAUGAUCCCUACACACACAAAAUAUGCCUUGUCAUUUUAUAUUUACAUUAAUGCUUUUGUUAUUGCUGCAGAGUAAUUGAUGUUUGCUAAUCUGUCGAAUUUGUGCACAAUAUAACUUCUUAUUAUUAGUUAGAACAUACGCUUAUAUAUG